AUGGCAAAACAUAACCAAGCUUGGCACUCAGAGGACGCCACAGGUGGAAUUGCAUAUCGUACUCCCUCCUUGACCAACAUGAUUAAGGAGAACCAAGCAAGAGAUCAAGUAAUUGCAGGUCUUGCCACCAAUAUCAGUGUGUUGACAAAGAUGUUCACUGAAAGCCAAACGAAAAAGGUAAAUAUUGUGGAAGAUGUUCAACCCACAUUAAAUGAAGAUUAUGAGGAAGCAAACUAUGUCAACAACUCUCAAGGAGGUUAUCAAAGUCAACAAUACCAAGGUCAAGGACAACAAAAUCAAUGGAGGCCUAACCCGCAAGGGCAAGGCAACCAACAGUGGCGAAAUGACCAAGAUAGCUCAAAUCAAGGGAAUUGGAGUAACAACAACAACAACUUCUCAAAUCGGAGUUCGAACCCUUAUGUUCCACCAAAGGGACAAUAUUCAAAUCAAGGUUCCUCGAGUAAUUCCAAGUUGGAGAACAUGCUUGAACGGGUAUUGCAAAAUCAAGAAAGGGCCGACACUUCAAUGAGGAAUAUGACCGAGCUUGUUGGCUCUCAUACUGCGUCCAUUCAAAAAUUGGAGAUGCAAAUGAGAGAUCUCUCGAGGGAACAAAAUCCAAAGCAAAAGGGGACACUCCCAAGUGACACAAUUGCGAACCCAAAGGGUAGUGGGAGUGGUCAAACUUCUCAUUGCAUGGAAAUUACCACUCGGAGUGGGAAGGUACUCCAAGGAGAGAGUGAACAAGUGGUUGAAGUGGAAGAGUCCAAACAAGAAGUUGAGGCACAAGUUGAAGCACCAAUUGUUGUUGAAGCAAAAAAAGGCCCCGAAAAAGUUGAAAGUUCAAGAAGUGAACCGGAAGAGGUUAAGGAAAAGAAAGAAGACCCGGGGGAGCGUGAUUUUGCAAGAGCCCUUUGUGAUAAUGGGGCUAGCAUCAACUUAAUGCCUCUUUCUAUUUACAAGCAAGCGGGGUUAGGUAUGCCGAGACCCACCAGUAUGAGGUUGCAAAUGGCCGAUCGUUCCAUAAAGAGACAUGUGGGAAUUGUUGAUGAUUUGCUUGUGAAAGUGGGGAAGUUCCAUUUACCCGCCAACUUUGUAAUCCUUGAUGGUGAGGUUGACAAAGAGAUUUCUAUCAUCUUGGGGAAAAUAUUUCUUGCUACCGGAAGAGCACUUAUGGAUUCAGAAUGGAAUGAGAUCAAGUUCCGUAUUAAUGACGAAGAGGUCACAUUCCAAGAAAGCAAGGGUAUGAAGCUGCCGCAUGAAUAUGAAAGCAUCUCGGUGAUUGAUGUUGUUGAUGAGGUAGAAGACGCAGUUGAAAUGAAGAUGGAAGAACAAUGCCUUGGUGAGGCAUUGGCAGCUAUUUUGGUAAAUUUUGAUGGUGAAGAUAUGGAGGGGUACAUGGAAUCAAUAAAUGCAUUGGAAGGUCUUGGGUCCUACAAUUAUGCUCCAAAGAAACUCUCUCUCAACUUGGAGAAUAGAGUAGAACAACCGUUGACUGUCUUGAGGGAGCAUACGCAAGCUACGGUGGACAAUAGUGGACAUCUGAGGGAUUCCCGCUGGAAUUUGCAAACACAAGAUAAAAUUGGAGAAUGA